UAAAGUUUAUAUAGACCUACAAAAAAAAAGGAAAACAUGUCGCAGGAUGAUGACGUCCUUGUAGCACUUGAUGAACGCCAUGGCAGCUCACGCUAGCGAGCUUGAGAUUGCAAAGAAAAAUUUAACCGAUGCAAUAGGCGAUAAUGUCAAGCAUUACUGGGCAAACCUGAAGCUAUGGUUCAAACAAAAGAUUAGCAAGGAGGAGUUUGACAUUGAGGCACGUCGUCUGUUGGCACAGGACAAUGUCCAUGUUCACAAUGAUUUUCUCCUGGCCAUUCUCACACGCUGCCAGAUCAUCGUCUCCACACCAGAGGGCGCAGGGCCAUUGCAGUGGCAAUGUGGCUCUGCUUCAAAGCCUGGCAAACCAAAAGGGAAGAAGAAAUGUUCUUCUAGACAGAAAUUUGAUCAUCGUUUCCAGCCUCAGAACCCUCUUAGCGCCGCCCAGCCUUUCAGUCCACGGGAGGUGGGAGGUGAGGAGGAGGAGCUGCGUCUCAGUGCCCACACUCUGCUGUUGCCCACCCGGGGCCAGCUGGAGGCCCGCAUGAUGGUGACGGCCUUUGAGCUGGGCCUGGAUAACAUAACAGACGAUGCUGUCAGCACCAUGAUUUAUGCUGUUGAGCAUCACUUGAAAGACGUCCUGACUGCUGUAAUCACCCGGAGGAAGGCGUAUCGGUUACGAGAUGGUCAUUUCCCUUAUGCCUUUGGCAGUGAUGUCACGCCGCAGCCUUAUCUGAAAAACAGCCUUGCUGCUUACCACAGUGUUACUGAAUGUCCCCCUCCAAGUGCUUCUCUUCCUGCUGGCCCACCACCUCAAGUGUCACCAGAUGAGGCCGAGCAGCAAGCUGUUCACUUGUUGGCUUGUUCUGCUGAAAUGCUCCCCGCCCCCCUCCCGCCAAUCAGCAUGCUUGAUCUUCUGGAGGCUUUACAGGUUCACCAUGGUGUGAUGCCCUCGCACACCAUGUAUGCCCUGAACAUGGAACGCAUCCUGUCACGGCUCUGGCACCCCAGCCAUGAAGAACUAGAGCAGGACCGCGUACACCGGCAGCGCCUCGCUGCAAAAGAGGGCGUGCUCGUCAGCUGAGAACCGCUGACACAGGACUGUAUAUAAGCUGUGCGUAUCGUCAGGAACCAAAUGCAAAAAUAAUCCCCGCACGGAAAUGGAUAGGGAACAGUGUGUCCAGAUAAACUGAAUACCUUUUUUUUUUUUUUUUAUAAUACCUGGAAAAGCACACCCCCGUUGCACAAAAAGAUAAAGCAUGAGUGGAGCAAGAUGAAACAAAACAGUUGGCCAAUGGACACACAGUGGGCAGUCAACUCCAGACACCAGCCAAUAGCUGGCAAAUUAGCACUGUAGCUGCUUUAUUUUUGUCUGUUCCACCAGCCAUUUUGGGAGUCGGCCAACCAUCAUUUGGAACUUCUGUUAUAAAGUGAGGAUCUAAUUUGGUGGUAAAAUAUAAGUGUUUAGGAUAUACCAGCAGCUACGAGCACUGGACAGGAAAGUAAGGUUCGGGACCAGGUUGCAGUGUUAAUGUUUAGGUAUGUGUUGGGUAAGAAGCUUGUUCAUGUUGUCAGAUCUGCACCACAACUGUUAAAUAAACAUCCUGAGAAUAUACAGCAGUCUUAUCUGAUCGUGUAGCAUUGUGCACAUGACCAGGGCUCAACAUACUACAUGUAAGAGUUUAAAUAUUUAAAAGGGCGUAAAUGUUGCACACAGGUGUUUUCAUUUAAUCUGCCCGAUUUAGACCUCAUCUCAGAUUGAAGUUGGGGGCACCACUACGAUGAUUAUGGCAUCAGCACAGGUUUGAAUCCAGCCCACGGCCCAUUGCUGCUGUUCUCACCUACAUUUCCUGUCUCUCUUCAGCUGUUCCUAUCAAAUAAAGGCACAAAGCCCAAAACAUAAUCACACACACACACACGCACACAAAAAAGAGAUAAAGAUGGAAGUUGUCCUGCUUUAACAGGUGCAACAAAAAUGUCAAACAAGCCCAGUCUACAGGAUCCUGAGGAGAGGUCUAAUCAAGCAAUAAGUGAAAACACCUGUGUGGGUUUACUGUGGGUGUGUGGGGUCUUAAAAUCUGCCGGACAGCCGCCUCCUGUGUGCCUCCCCCGGGAACGUACCUUGAAAUGGUCUCCUUAGUAUUCCUAAAGCAUUUACUGGUGUCUGGUUUAAGGCCAGUGAGUAUCCAUCAGCGUUGGUGGUCCACAAUGUGUGUGCAGAUUAAGCUGAAUUGUCUCUGUGCACUUGAAUGUCUGUCCGCCAUGUUUGUGCGCAGCAUCUAGUUCAGGCUGAAAAUGUGUAUACAUUUGCACCUUUUUCUACACCAAGCUUGUUUGUAAUUUAUAUUGCAGACAGUUGUUCACAAAAUAAAUAAAAAUGCAAUUAUU